AUGCGCUAUUUAUGUUCAGCGGAUGCUAUUGAAGCAUCCACAUGCAAAGUGCCAUGUGUGAAACUGCCUGCACAUGGGGAAUCCACUUCUGCUCCCCCUUUCUUUUACAUUGUGGGCAGCUUUGGAGUUGUACUGCUGCAGCUGCUGACAGGGCAUGGGCCGCAGGUGGAGGGCACCAACCGGCACAUCUGCCGCUGGGCGACCAGCAAGGUGCAGGCGUAUGAGUUUGCGUCACUCAAGGACCCCAAGCUGGAGGCACCGGAGGAGGCGGUGGUGGAGCUGGCAGACAUCGCUCUCGACUGCGUCAAAGUGCCCGGCUCCCGCCGCCCCGACAUGAAAGACGUCGCACGCCGCCUGCAGGGCAUCCUCACCAAGUACUGUGCGGACGGCUCUUCCAGUAGCAGCGCCGAACCUGCGAUUCACGUGGAGGAGGAGAGACCCGGCUUUGGAGGCGGCAACAGCGUGGAUACACUUGUGAGAAGUGAGCUGUCAGAGGAGGGACCCAGUGAGUGGGCUACAUCCAGGAUUCUCAGCUCGUCUCUGUCAAGCAAGUGGUGGUCAUUCCAGUAG